AUGCAUCCAAGUAUUGCAUAUUGCUUUAAGAUCUACACCCAGCACCAGCGUAUCUGGCUCGGCACCUUCAAGUCGGAACGCGAGGCCGCCGCCGCCUACGACAGCGCCGCCGUCAGCCUGCGCGGCCGCCCCACCCACCGCAACAUCCCAUGGACCUCAGUCACGGCCCACGAGCCCAACUUCCAGGCCCAAUUCACUCCGGACAUUGUCCUUGCUAUGAUCAAAGACGGGUCCUACGCGGGCCGAUUCUCCGACUACCUCCGGGCCCACCACCACCACGACCCAACCCUUUCGGGCCCACACAACCGGGCCUUUCGCCACCUCUUCCAGAAGGAGCUCACCCCAAGCGACGUGGGCAAGCUCAACCGACUAGUAAUCCCGAAAAAGUACGCGCUUAAAUUUCUUCCUCAGAUUCCCUACAUUAAGGAUGGGGGCAAUGAUGGUAAUAAUAAUAAUGUGGAUGAUUUGGAGUUGGUUUUUUUCGAGCGUUGUAUGAGCAAGUCGUGGAAGUUGAGGUACUGUUACUGGAAGAGUAGUCAGAGCUUUGUGUUCACUAGGGGAUGGAAUAGGUUUGCCAAGGAGAAGAAGUUGCGAGCGAAGGAUAGAGUUAUUUUCUCCUUGUAUGAGGCUGGGGAGCAGAAGCUGUCUGUGAUUGACGUGGCGUAUUUCGAGGGUUUUGGGCAAAAGGAAUUAAUGGAGGAUAGAGAAGAAGGUCGGAGUAUUGGGGAAAUUGCAGUUGUUGAAGAGGGGAAGGAUAUUAUUGGCAGUAGGGUUGAAGUUGGUCUGGAGGAGGCCAAGGGCUUUAGGCUUUUCGGGUUUCAAAUUGUUUGA